ACAGCAAGAAAUGAGUAAUUAGUUCUCUUUUCCCAGUGCUUUCCUCCUUCUGCUGCGGAAGGGGGUUGUCACCUUCUGAGAUCUACACAACCUCAGGAAAAGGAAAGCAACCUUUGAAUUUUCUAGAUCGCUUCCUCUGGCAGAAACUAUUGAGCAUAGCAAUAAACAUGGCUGCUGAACCAGUAGAAGAUAUCUUCAUCGACUUGGUGGAUAUGGAAUUUAUUAAUGACACACUUUACUUUAUAGCUGACAAAGAUGAAAACCUGGAAUCAGAUUACUUUGGCAAGCUUAAUCCUAAAUAUUCAAUAAUACGGAAUGUGGACAACAAAGUUCUUAUCGUUAACCAGAGUAAACAACCUCGGUUUGAGGACAUGGCUGACAACGAAUUACAAGAAAAUAAACCCCAGAUCAGAUUUAUCAUGUAUCUGUAUAAGGAUAGCAACGUUAGAGGUCUGGCAGUAAGCUUCUCUGUCUACUCUAAGAAGAUGUAUACUCUCUCCUGUAAGGACAAAAUUAUUUCCUUUAAGGAAAUGAAUCCCCCUGAUAAUAUUAAUGAAGACAAAAGUGAUAUCAUAUUUUUUCAGAAACUUGUUAAAGGACAUAAUAAGAAGAUGAAAUUUGAGUCAUCAUUGUACAAAGGGUGCUUUUUAGCUUGCAAAAGAGAGGGUGACCGUUUCAAACUUGUCUUGAAAGAUCCGAAUGAAGAACUGCCAAUUGAUUCUGUAAUGUUCAUUCUUGAAGAUGAGAAUUAAAAUUGCAUGAAUAUUUCUGA